AUGGUGGCUUCUUGUGGCAUGGAGGACACUAAAGGAGCUUUGUGUCAGACAGUUGGAGACAACAUCAGAAGAAAGUCUGACAUUGUUACAGUCUACAACGCCUCCCCAUGUACGACAAGAUACAAGGAUGUUUCCCGAAAGGAUGAGAGAAAAUCCCAAAAGGAGACAACCAAGUGCAACAGGAAUCCAGGUGUUUCUUUGAGUGAGCUCGAGAACCUUCAAAAUUCUUAA